AUGAAGCCAAUCAAAGUAUACGGAGGCUCAUUUGGUCCCAACCCGUUCAAAGUCUGCGUCAUCCUCGGUGAACUCGACAUCCCUUACGCUCCGGAGCCCAUAGACUUCAGCGAGCUCAAAACCCCUCAAUAUGAAGGCAUCAAUCCCAACGGGCGACUUCCUGCUAUCUUCGACCCUAACACCGGCAUCACGCUGUGGGAGUCCGGCGCCAUAAUCGAAUACCUGGUCGAGACCUAUGACCAGAGCCAUCGACUCAGUUUCCGUGUAGGCUCCGCGGAAGCACACUACGCUCGUCAAUGGCUGUACUUUCAGACCACUGGCCAGGGGCCGUACUACGGCCAAGCGGUCUGGUUCACGCGAUACCACCCGGCGAAGGUCGACACUGCGGUGCAGCGCUAUGUCGGAGAGAUGCGCCGCGUGUCCGGGGUGCUCGACAAGUGGUUGGAGCACCGGAAGUGGCUUGUAGGUGAGAAAAUGUCAUACGCGGACCUAGCGUUUAUACCGUGGCAAAAUGCCGCGAAGAGCAUGUUGGGCGAUUAUGGGUUCGACGAGACGAAGUUCCCGAACGUAUGCGCGUGGCUUGCUCGAAUGAAUGAGAGGCCCGUGGUGAAGGAGCUCAUCGCUAUUCAGGAGCGCAUGAUUCGGGAGAGGCAGAUGAAGUAG